AUGGAAGAAAAAAAAAAAAUAAACAGCAAGUCUAAUAAUAUACUUGCUAACGAUGAUAAGAAUAAAGAGAAAAGAAAAAAAUUGAAACCUAUACAAGUUAGAAGAAGUAUUAAAGAUAUAAUAAUUGAAUGUAAUCCAUAUGAUUAUAUAUAUAAUUAUAAAGGAUAUGAUAUCAAUAUAUUUGAUGAUAAUAAUAAAGACGAUGAUAUUAUAACAAAAAAAGAUAAAAGUGAUGAGAUAAAAAAAAAUUCAAGCAUAUUCAUAGAAAACGAAAUGUUAGAUAAUAAUGAAAAACUAAUGAGAAAAGAAUUAAACGAAUUAAUAAAUAAAAAAGACUUAAGUGAAGAUAUGAAAAAUGAUAUUAGAGCUCUUUAUAUUGAAGUACAAGAAAUAUAUUUAAUAUUAAAAAAUGAUAUAAAUAAUAAUAUUCCUUCAUCUGAUGAAAUAAUAAAAUUAUAUCUAUCAGAAGAAAAAAAAGAUAAAAGUACUAAUAUUAUAUGGAAACGAUUUUGUUUUUAUAAAUUAUUGAGUGAUAAAUUAAAUGACUUACAUAUAUCUACAAUAUCGUCAUAUAGACAUGAAUAUUUAAAAACUAUAUAUAUAUGGUACCAAAAAAAUAAGAAGUUGUUAUUUAAGGAAGCAGAAAAGAAAGAAGUCUUUGUUGAUAAUAAAAAUGAAAGUGAUAAGAAAAAUGAAAGUGAUAAUAAAAAUGAAAGUGAUAAUAAAAAUGAAAGUGAUAAUAAAAAUGAAAGUGAUAAUAAAAAUGAAAGUGAUAAUAAAAAUGAAAGUGAUGAUAAUAAUAAUAGUGAUAAUAAUAAUACAAGUGAUAGUAAUAAUACAAGUAAUAAUAAUUAUAAUAGUGAUGAAAAAAAUAUCAUAGACCAGAAUGAAGUAAUAAAAAAUAAGGACCCUUUGAAUUGUCAUACCACAAAAGAAGAAACAGAAAAAAAAAUGAAAAAAAAUAAUACAAAAAAUAUAUCACACAAUUUUGAGAUAUUACAAGAAGAAAUGAAUAAAAUAAAAAAAGAACACGAGAUAGAAGAAAGAGAUCUACAUUUUUUAUUAUCUGACGAAGAAUCUCAAGAUAUGUUCAAUAAAUAUAUAUAUCCAAAUGAUAUAUGUCUAUUAAAUAAUAAAAAAAUGAAUGAUUUAAAUGUAAAAAAUAUACAACAAGAAAAUAAUGAUGAAAAUAAAGAUUUAAAUGUAUUAUUAUUAAGAAAUAAUAAAGAUGAAGAAGAUACAAAUAAUAAAAGUAUUUGUGAACAUAUAACCUUAGAUAAUUUUAUAAAUAAUAAUAAUAAUAUGAUUAAUAUAAAUAAUUGCAAUUUAGAAAUAAAAGAAGAAGAUAAAAAUUUAUAUCCACCUUUACAUACAAACAAAAUUAAAGAACUAGAAGAAGAAAUUAAUAAACAAAAAUUGUUAAUAAAAAAAAAAGAAAUAGAAAUUAUUAAUUCUCCUAUAGGUAUUAAAUUUAAAGAUAUAUUUGGAAAUUUUCAAGAUAUAAACAAUUAA